AUGGAUGCUUGUCAUAUUCUACUUGGUAGGCCUUGGCAAACUGAUAAAAGAUCUAUACAUGAUGGGUAUCACAACACGUAUACCAUAGUCCAUGAAGGGAGAAAGAAAAAACUACACCCUUUACCACCCCCACGGUUUUCACCAUCACAAACACCCCAAAAAGAAGUAUCCUUGUUGUCUCUUAAAGAGUUUGAAAGGGAGUUAGAUGGUGAGGGAGAGUUGUUCAUACUAUACUCCAAAGAAACCCACGAAAAUUUUGUUGCUCAAAAUCCUAAGUUAGCCCAAUUGAUUAAGGAUUUUGAGGACGUUUUUCCGAAUGAAUUACCUAAAGAACUACCACCCAUACGUGGAAUUGAGCAUCAAAUCGAUCUCAUUCCCGGAGCACCUUUGCCAAAUAAGCCAGCCUAUAGGUGUAACCCUUUAGAAACUAAGGAAUUACAACGUCAAAUUGAAGAGCUAAUGGGGAUGGGUUAUGUGCGUGAGUCCAUGAGUCCAUGUGCCGUUCCUGCUUUGUUGGUCCCUAAGAAAGAUG